UUUUUUUGGCGGAGCUGGGGCGCCCUCCGGAAGCGUUUCCAACUUUCCAGAAGUUUCUCGGGACGGGCAGGAGGGGGUGGGGACUGCCAUAUAUAGAUCCCGGGAGCAGGGGAGCGGGCUAAGAGUAGAAUCGUGUCGCGGCUCGAGAGCGAGAGUCACGUCCCGGCGCUAGCCCAGCCCGACCCAGGCCCACCGUGGUGCACGCAAACCACUUCCUGGCCAUGCGCUCCCUCCUGCUUCUCAGCGCCUUCUGCCUCCUGGAGGCGGCCCUGGCCGCCGAGGUGAAGAAACCUGCAGCCGCAGCAGCUCCUGGCACCGCGGAGAAGUUGAGCCCCAAGGCGGCCACGCUUGCUGAGCGCAGCGCCGGCCUGGCCUUCAGCUUGUACCAGGCCAUGGCCAAGGACCAGGCAGUGGAGAACAUCCUGGUGUCACCCGUGGUGGUGGCCUCGUCGCUGGGGCUCGUGUCGCUGGGCGGCAAGGCGACCACGGCGUCGCAGGCCAAGGCAGUGCUGAGUGCCGAGCAGCUGCGCGACGAGGAGGUGCACGCCGGCCUGGGCGAGCUGCUGCGCUCACUCAGCAACUCCACGGCGCGCAACGUGACCUGGAAGCUGGGCAGCCGACUGUACGGACCCAGCUCAGUGAGCUUCGCUGAUGACUUCGUGCGCAGCAGCAAGCAGCACUACAACUGCGAGCACUCCAAGAUCAACUUCCGCGACAAGCGCAGCGCGCUGCAGUCCAUCAACGAGUGGGCCGCGCAGACCACCGACGGCAAGCUGCCCGAGGUCACCAAGGACGUGGAGCGCACGGACGGCGCCCUGCUAGUCAACGCCAUGUUCUUCAAGCCACACUGGGAUGAGAAAUUCCACCACAAGAUGGUGGACAACCGUGGCUUCAUGGUGACUCGGUCCUAUACCGUGGGUGUCAUGAUGAUGCACCGGACAGGCCUCUACAACUACUACGACGACGAGAAGGAAAAGCUGCAAAUCGUGGAGAUGCCCCUGGCCCACAAGCUCUCCAGCCUCAUCAUCCUCAUGCCCCAUCACGUGGAGCCUCUCGAGCGCCUUGAAAAGCUGCUAACCAAAGAGCAGCUGAAGAUCUGGAUGGGGAAGAUGCAGAAGAAGGCUGUUGCCAUCUCCUUGCCCAAGGGUGUGGUGGAGGUGACCCAUGACCUGCAGAAACACCUGGCUGGGCUGGGCCUGACUGAGGCCAUUGACAAGAACAAGGCCGACUUGUCACGCAUGUCAGGCAAGAAGGACCUGUACCUGGCCAGCGUGUUCCACGCCACCGCCUUUGAGUUGGACACAGAUGGCAACCCCUUUGACCAGGACAUCUACGGGCGCGAGGAGCUGCGCAGCCCCAAGCUGUUCUACGCCGACCACCCCUUCAUCUUCCUAGUGCGGGACACCCAAAGCGGCUCCCUGCUAUUCAUUGGGCGCCUGGUCCGGCCUAAGGGUGACAAGAUGCGAGACGAGUUAUAGGGCCUCAGGGUGCACACAGGAUGGCAGGAGGCAUCCAAAGGCUCCUGAGACACAUGGGUGCUAAUGGGGUUGGGGGGGAGGUGAGGUACCAGCCUUGGAUACUCCAUGGGGUGGGGGUGGAAAAACAGACCGGGGUUCCCGUGUGCCUGAGCGGACCUUCCCAGCUAGAAUUCACUCCACUUGGACAUGGGCCCCAGAUACCAUGAUGCUGAGCCCGGAAACUCCACAUCCUGUGGGACCUGGGCCAUAGUCAUUCUGCCUGCCCUCAAAGUCCCAGAUCAAGCCUGCCUCAAUCAGUAUUCAUAUUUAUAGCCAGGUACCUUCUCACCUGUGAGACCAAAUUGAGCUAGGGGGGUCAGCCAGCCCUCUUCUGACACUAAAACACCUCAGCUGCCUCCCCAGCUCUAUCCCAACCUCUCCCAACUAUAAAACUAGGUGCUGCAGCCCCUGGGACCAGGCACCCCCAGAAUGACCUGGCCGCAGUGAGGCGGAUCGAGAAGGAGCUCCCAGGAGGGGCUUCUGGGCAGACUCUGGUCAAGAAGCAUCGUGUCUGGCGUUGUGGGGAUGAACUUUUUGUUUUGUUUCUUCCUUUUUUAGUUCUUCAAAGAUAGGGAGGGAAGGGGGAACAUGAGCCUUUGUUGCUAUCAAUCCAAGAACUUAUUUGUACAAUUUUUUUUUCAAUAAAACUUUUCCAAUGACA